GUUUAUUUGAUGCAGAACUACAGGGUAGAGCAGAGAUACAAAAUGCAGACUCAUCUCAUCCUUGUUCGGUCGGUGAUAGCACACGAAGUGAUGGCACAAGGUUUAAUCAUGACAUCAAAUUCGUCCUGUCAUCGUGAUGUUUGUUGAAGCAGUAUCUCGGUAAGGCGUGCUAGAU